GUUAUCACGAGGCGGGAAGUUUUGGAGUUAUAACUUUCAUGUCACCCUUGUUUCUUUAAAGUUUAAACCUUUAUUAUUUUUAAAGUUUAAACAAUGGGAGAGCCGGGAGUUAUAAAAAAGCUGGAUGAGACCGUUGUGAAUAGAAUCGCAGCAGGGGAGGUCAUCCAAAGGCCGGCAAAUGCCCUUAAAGAAUUGUUAGAAAACAGUUUAGAUGCCAAGGCUACAAAUAUUCAGGUAACUCUGAAAGAAGGCGGUCUUAAGCUUCUACAGAUAAUGGACAACGGAUCAGGAAUCAGAAGUGAGGACUUGGAGAUUGUAUGCGAACGCUUCACAACAAGUAAACUGAGAGAAUUUGAAGACUUGUCUAGCAUUGCUACCUUCGGGUUUAGAGGAGAGGCCCUGGCAUCUAUCAGCCAUGUCGCACACUUGACAAUCACGACAAAAACAGCAUCACAAAAAUGUGCUUACAAAGCAUCGUAUUGCGAUGGUAGGUUGAAAGAAAAGCCUAAACUUUGUGCCGGAAACCAAGGGACGCUUAUUGUCGUUGAGGAUCUUUUCUACAAUGUCGCGACUAGGAAAAAAUCUCUGAAAAAUGCCAGCGAAGAACAUGCAAAAGUCGUUGAAGUGGUCAGUCGUUAUGCAAUUCACAAUCCUUCAGUGGGAUUUAGUCUUAAAAAGCAAGGUGAGCCUACGGCCGACGUUCGAACAAACCCUAAUUCUACCCAUAUUGAUAACAUACGUACAAUCUUUGGCAACAAUAUAGCAAGAGAGCUUUUAGAAAUUACAGAAACUGAUGAUGUUCUCAAGUUCAAACUACAUGGCUACAUCACAAAUGUCAAUUUUUCUACUAAGAAACAUACACAUUUUAUUCUUUUUAUAAACAACCGUUUGGUGAAUUCCACUGCUUUAAAAAGAACUCUAGAAGAUCUAUACACCCUAUAUUUGCCCAAAGGAAGUCACCCAUUUAUUUAUCUAAGUAUAAGCUUAGAUCCAAAAAAUGUUGAUGUCAAUGUUCAUCCAACAAAGCAUGAAGUCCAUUUUCUUCAUGAAGAUGCAGUGAUUGAAAGUACUAAACAGGCCAUUGAGAAGAAAUUGCUUGGAUCUAACACAUCUCGGGUUUUUUACACACAAGCCAAACUGCCGGAGGUUGAUCUUGAUUUAAAUUCAGCUGUGUUAGAAGAAACCAUAUCUAAUGUUGAAAAUAACCUUAAUAAAACUGAAAAGGUGCACGCUAAAAAUUUAGUCCGGACAGAUUCAACUUCCCAAAAGAUUGAGAAGUUUCUUACGAGCCAAUCGGAGAGCCAAACACAAGAAGAAAAGUCUGCUGAGCCGAAGAAACCUAUAAUUUCUAAUAAAGUCCACAGGCAAGAAACCAAGUUAACAAGUGUACUGACAUUACGAAGGAUAAUUGAAGACGAGUGCAAUUUGGCUCUGAGGGAUAUUGUAGCAAAUUUAACGUUUGUUGGCUGUGUUGACCCAGACAGAGCUCUAAUCCAAAGCAGCACUGAACUAUAUCUGUUUAACACUCGGAGACUUAAAGAAGAGCUGUUUUAUCAAAUGAUGUUAUAUGAUUUUGGAAAUAUCGGUGCUAUCAAAUUUCAGACCCCUUUGCCUUUGACAGAAUUGGCCAUGAUUGGUCUUGAAGAUCCCAUAUCUUGUUGGAAAGAGGAAGACGGCGACAAGAGUAUGAUUGCAGAUUCUGUAACGAACCUUUUGAUAGACAAGAGAGAGAUGCUUAUAGAUUAUUUCUCAAUUGAAAUAGACCGGGACAAAAACCUGUGCACCAUCCCUUUGAUCCUAGAUGACUACAAACCUGAUGUAAGCAGACUGCCACAUUUUGUCUUGAGGCUUGCAUGCGACGUCGAUUGGACAUCUGAGCAAAACUGUUUCGACACCAUUUGCAGAGAAACAGCAAAAUUUUUCAGUUAUACAGACUGCUUUGAAAACGAUGACAACGAAUGGAGAAAGACAAUCGAGCAUGUAGUCUAUCCAGCAAUCAAGAAAACACUUCUACCUCCGAAAAAAUUCGCUGAAGACAAGACGAUUCUUCAACUGGCGAGCCUGCCUGAUUUGUACAAAGUUUUUGAAAGAUGUUAACUCCGUAUUUUAUCUUCAAAUUCUUUUUUAAAUAAGACGAUUAUUUUGAAGCUAAUUAAUACUGCAAAUAAAAGUAAAAGAGAUUUCAGAUAAUGAA